GAUGUUCGUCGAUAACUUCCAGACGGCCAAAGAAGCUCUGAGCGCUGCCACGGCUCAGGCGGCAGAAAAGGCAGCGUCCAGCGUCCGAGGCUUCGCCCAGAAGAGUUUCCGUCUGUCCAUGGACAUUCGGCUGAAGGCGCCGCUCAUCGUCGUGCCCCAGUCGUCCAGCUCUGAGAACGCUGUGGUGGUGGAUCUGGGUCUGAUCACGGUGGCGAACAGCUUCUCUCUGCUGCCGGUGGAUGGCUUCUCGCUGCCCGCCGUGGUGGAGAAGAUGGACGUCCGACUGACUCAGCUGAAGCUGUCCAGAGCGUUGCUGAAGAGAGAUGCCGCCGCGCUGGACAUCGAGAUCCUGCAGCCGAUCAACUUAGAGCUGCUGGUCACCAGGAACCUGGCUGCUUCCUGGUUCACCAAGAUCCCUGCAGUCCAGGUCCAGGGUGUGCUCCGGUCCCUACAGGUGAAUCUGGGGAAGGAGGACCUUGGCGUUCUGAUGAAGAUCCUGGUGGAGAACAUUGGCGAGGGCAGUAAGGAGCACGAUGUGGACGUCAAGAGACAGGUGGCCACAGGUAACCUGCAGCAGGGCAUGAUGGAGAGGGCGGAGCUCACUGAGCAGCAGGUGGAGGUGAUGACAUCACAGACUGGAUCUGACGGCGUGUCGGGCGCCAACAACGGUGCUCAGACUGAGAACACUGUCAAUGUUCUCCUGAACUUUGAAAUCAAAGAGGUGCUGCUGACGCUGAAGAAGCCCGGAGAACAGAAGGAGAUUCCUUUCCUGGUUCUCGAGGUGGCUCACCUGGGCAUCAACACCAAAGUCAGGAAGUAUGACAUAUGUGCCACCACCUUCAUCAACAAGAUCACCAUGAAGUGUCCUGAGUUCAAAG